GUUCCUUUUUUUUUUUUUCCCUAUCAACCCUAGAAAGGCUUCACGCCUGAUUUCUUUCUUUCCCCAGAAAGAAGCUUCACCUCCGUUGGUUGUUCUCCAUCGCUCUGCGCCGCGUCGCACAUCGUUCCAUCUUUCUCAGAAUCCCUCUUCCCGUCGAUUAGUUUCCUCCGAGUGAAUUCAACCCAGAUUUUAAUCGGGAUUUAUUGGGGAUCUAGAAUGGUUGCGUCGAGUUUAUCGCUAGAAACCCUAAUUUCGGAGGAUCUCUGAGUUUACUAUCAGAAGCUUGUAGUUGUAAUUACGGACUAGGUAUGUUCUGAUGGUUGUUGUUGUUGUUAUUGUUCUUGUUUGCAGGUUGCGAUUGCUGAAAAUCUUGAUUUAGAGUAUGAAGUCUCUUAAUGAUCUCCCAGCGCCCAAAUCAACCACUACCACGUUUUAUGAUCAUUCUAACGAUCCAUGGUUCAAAAACCGUGUCACUGAAUCCGAGACUGUAAAAUCCUCCAGUAUCAAAUUUAAACCCGUGCCUGCUUACCUGAAUCGUCAAGGUUUACGUCCCAAGAAUCCCGAGGAUUUUGGAGAUGGUGGUGCUUUCCCGGAGAUUCAUCUUCCUCAGUAUCCUCUUGGUAUGGGUAGGAAUAAAUCCAAUAAGCCUGGAGCCAAGACUCUCCCUGUUACUGUCGAUGCUCAGGGAAACGUGGUCUUUGACGCUAUUGUGAGGCAGAAUGAGAACUCUAAGAAGAUUGUUUACUCUCAGCAUAAGGAUAUUAUUCCUAAGAUACUGAAAAACGAGGGAGACUUGGAUGCGGUGGUGGACGAAGAGGAAGAAUUGCAGAAGCAGAUCCAGGAGACUGCUGAAGAAACCAAAGCUGCCAUUGAGAAGAUUGUGAAUGUGAGACUGAGUGCAGCUCAGCCUAGUAAUAUAGCAAGGCAAUCGGGAGACUCACAGUACAUUAAAUAUAAGCCAUCCCAGCAAUCCUCUGCCUUCAAUUCCGGUGCUAAAGAGAGGAUCAUUAGGAUGGUGGAGAUGCCUGUAGAUCCACUUGAUCCACCAAAGUUCAAGCACAAGAGAGUCCCAAAGGCUUCUGGUUCUCCGCCUGUUCCGGUCAUGCAUUCACCGCCUAGGCCUGUUACCGUCAAGGACCAGCAAGACUGGAAAAUCCCUCCUUGUAUCUCCAAUUGGAAGAAUCCGAAAGGUUACACAAUCCCUCUUGAUAAACGUCUAGCUGCUGAUGGAAGAGGCCUACAAGACGUUCAGAUCAAUGAUAACUUUGCCAAGUUAUCAGAGGCCCUCUAUGUAGCUGAGCAAAAAGCUAGAGAGGCUGUUUCAAUGCGUUCCAAGGUGCAAAAAGAGAUGGUGAUGAAGGAGAAGGAAAGGAAAGAGCAGGAAUUGAGGGCUCUUGCCCAAAAAGCUCGCUCCGAAAGAACUGGUGCUGCUGUGAGUAUGCCUGUCUCAUCUGACAGGGGUAGGAGUGAAAGUGUUGACCCAAGAGGUGAUUAUGACAACUAUGACCAGGAGAGAGUAAGGGAUAGAGAAAGGGAAGAGCCGAAAGAGAGUAGGGAGGAAAGGGAAGCACGGAUUCAGAGAGAGAAGAUCCGAGAAGAGCGCCGCAGGGAAAGAGAGAGGGAGAGAAGGUUGGAAGCUAAAGAUGCUGCCAUGGGGAAGAAGAGCAAAAUCACUAGAGACAGAGACCGUGAUAUCAGUGAGAAAGUUGCUCUUGGAAUGGCAUCGACUGGAGGAAAAGGUGGUGAAGUUAUGUAUGAUCAAAGGCUGUUUAACCAGGAGAAAGGAAUGGACUCUGGGUUCGCUACUGAUGACCAAUACAAUGUAUAUGACAAAGGCUUGUUCACUGCACAACCCACUCUUUCAACGCUGUACAAGCCAAAGAAGGAUAACGAUGAAGAAAUGUAUGGAAACGCAGAUGAGCAGCUCGAUAAGAUCAAGAACACUGAGAGGUUUAAACCUGACAAAGCUUUCACAGGGGCUUCCGAGAGGGCGGGUAGUAAGAGAGAACGCCCUGUUGAGUUUGAGAAGGAAGAGGAACAAGAUCCUUUCGGUCUUGACAGGUGGGUUUCUGAUUUGAAGAAAGGUAAGAAACCUUUGGACAAAAUCGGGUCUGGAGGAACUAUGAGAGCAAGUGGAGGCGGCGGUAGCUCUUCAAGGGAUGACGACGGCGGUUCUGGUCGAACCAAGAUCAAUUUCGAACGGAGUAGGCGUUAAAAGUCAAGAACUUAAGACAAUGAAAAAGCUCAGUAACUGAUCUUUGAUUUCAAUAUAUACCUUGUUAUUUUGGAUCUGUUGAAACAGUUUGCUUUUGAUUAUCAGUAUUUAUGAUGUUGCGAGUCUCUGAACUAGUCGAGUACAAUCUUUCAACUUCAUAAUAUCACAUCUUUUGAGCCUUA